AUGAGAACGCGGGUUCGAGGCAAAGAAGAAAGACGGAGAAGAAACAGAGUGAUACGAAAAGCGACAGGAAGUGCUUCUUCUCUCUAUCUUUAUGACUUCCUCUCUCUCUCUCUCUAUCUUUCUUUUUCCCCUCCCUCUCUGUCUCAUUUAACUUUACUCUCUUCCCUGUCGCCUGUAGCCUACUCUAAUAUAUUUUCGUCUCUCUCUUUCUGUUCGUUGCUCUUGCAACUUGGGGAGAGACCACUCGAAUCUUUUGAAGGCGUACACAUAUACAUUAUUUUUUUAUCUAUCUAUCUAUCUAUCUAUCUAUCUAUCUAUCUAUCUAUCUAUCUAUCCUUAUCGAUACAUAUUCCAUAUAGACAGCUAGUAGUGUACCGAUGUCAGCCAACACAUCUAUCUAUCUAUCUAUCUAUCUAUCUAUCUAUCUAUCUAUCUAUCUAUCUAUCUAUCACAAUGUCAUUCGAAUAUUGA